AUAUCUUGUAGUAUCAAGUUGUUAAACUGUGUUGUUUUAAUAAAAAAAAAAGCACUUUUACUUUGUAUCAUUUACAAAAUUAUUUUCUUACGACUAAUUGAGAAACUUUGCUAUCAUCUCUACCAUGGCGGGUUUUAUUACUUGGCUGAUUAUAACUGUGUUCGCUACCAUUUUUUUCGUUCAAAUCCAUGGGAAUACAGCUACGAUCGCGGAACCUAAAGCGCCUAAUUUCCAGUAUUUCGAACGGCCAAGAUAUCGCUAUCCUUAUUACGACGAAAAUGGCAAGGGAAAGUUGCUAUAUGGCUACGGUGGACCAGAGCUGUAUCAAUAUAAAACUUAUAGUCCUCUUGAAGGAAUUCAUUAAUAUAAUUUUCUCUCUCUUUUUUAAAAAAAAUUAUUGGUAUAAUUCCUCUCUCUUGUAGAAAUUCACUUUUUUAUUAAAUCUAAAGAUUAGAAAUUUAAAUAAAAUAUACUUGUAUAUAUGUAAAAUGUAUUAAACAUUUAAAAAAUAGAUGUUGUUAUUGAUAUGCCCUUCCUCACAAAAAAUCGAUUCGAAUAUAUCUACAUAAUACAAUAUACGAGUAUUCUUCAGAAAUUCAAAUUACUUAAUCUAAAUGAUAUCUCGAAAACUAGCGUUAUAUUAAAAAAUGUUUUAGAAGAAUUAAUGGAUUUCAAAGGCGUGAUAUCUAUACUGACUUUAUGUGUGUGGAUAGAUAGGUCGAGAUCAUUUAAAAAUUUUGAGAGAUGGCGAACCCCAUUUUUUAUUAUAAAUUAUUGUAUCUUAUGUCAAAUCGUUUUCAAAAUGGUACGAUAAAAUUUUUUUCAUCAAGAACUUUCCGAAUUUUUUGAAUGGAAGCUUUCCAAUGAUUGAAAUGUCCCCAAAUUUUUUAUUACUAACUCCAUAUGUAGAUAGAGAUCAUAAUAACAGUUGCGAUUGCCAAUCCCAAAAUCUAUUAAACGAUAAUUCUGAUAAUAAUCUCGAAUUGUAAUUUAUCGAUGUACUUAUUAUAAUGUAAGUUAUGGAAUUGAGAAAUUAUGGUCAAUAUCAAAUAUAUCAAUCACUAGCGCAAUAUUGUAUUGCAACUUGUAACGAUAUAUUUCUCCAAAACGGCCGAUGCGACGUUUCAUAAAAAUAUUCACAUUAGAAUUUUGGAUCAUAUUUUUGUUUAAAGAUGUGUAAAGCAAAAAUAAAAACAUUUCUCGCUUUCGUUAAAACGAAUUCAAGCUAUCAAUUAAGUCUAUUAGGAACUUGAUCGGUUCAGCUAUUAUUAAGACUUAAUACUCCAAAGUACUCUCAAUUAAACGGCUCGCAUAAAUAUGAUCUUGUUGAUAUUACUGUGUUUCUUGAUACGUCGCGUUUCGCAGUUUGUGGAAUUAAUAAGGAACAUUAUAGAGCGUUUAUUUUCGCUGAUUAGAACUGUAUUCUUAAAUGCAAUCGAUUUGUAUGACUGUGAUAUUAAUUACAAUAAGUUUUUUUUUUUUUACUUACUCGGUAAAAUGCUGCAUGAUUCGCUUCUCUUCAAACGUGAAUUGAUCGACAAUGAAUGAAUAAAUGGCGGAAUCGAUGUUUCUUCCCACAAAUGGAUCUUAAAAAUUAUGCACAUUAUUUAGAAAAGUGUGUAAGAGAGAAAUACAAUGAUUCGGUGCAAACAUUGCUUUGGACUGCACUCUACGACUAUAUUAUAGAUAUAAUAUUGUUAAAAGUCAUUUUGAUCUAUCAAACGUGCAUGGAAUGUGCAGUACCUUCGCUAUCAUUUAUAAUAAGGUGAUUCAUUCAGUCUCACUUGACGAGACAAUAAUGAAAUAUAAUCUAAUAGCUACAGUCUAUGUAAUCUACUACAUUGUUAUCGAAAUGUUUUAUCUUUCUAUGUGUGAUAUAUUACUGUAAAAAAUAGAGUCGAAUAAUUUGUAAACGGUGAAAAAAGCCCGCAGUCACUGCGCAAUCAAUACAUAGAAUCUUUGUCGAAAGAAUAUUAUUCUUUUCUGCGCGUAUUAACUGCAUACGUGACGAGAUUACGAAUGUGCAAGCAUAGUUGAGUAGAUGUGAGUUAGUGAGAAGUAAAAUGUGUCGAUUAUAAACGCGAAUGCGAUUGCAUAUGUAUCGAGAUAUCGCCGAGCGAUAAUUGAUUUAUUCGUUAUGAUGUUUGUCCGCCUUGCUCUCGCCGGCAGACUGUAACUG